AUGGGUGACGAAAAUGAACGUCUGACGCGUCUGCGAGAUCGUGAUAUUACCAAACGAACUACAGUCGUUUCACAAAUUCGAGCUAUCCAUGCCCAGGUUGUACGUUCAUUGAACGAUGCGACAUUGGUUUCUGACUUCAGGCAUGCAGUUGUUGAUCUUGAUUCAUUGUGGAUCCAGUUUAGGGCCGAAGAUGAUGCAGUUCUAAAUCAUCUUAUUGAGUUAGGCCAACUGGAUGACUAUUCGCCGGAUUUGCCCGGUGAAGUGCGUAAUCUCAUAACUACGUCGAAGUCCAUUCUCAGUCAACUCACACCAUCUGGCGCUGAGGCUCUUGACCUGUCCUACAUUAACAAGCAUGUGGGCAAAUAUCAGGGUGCUGGUCAUCGGGUUGGAUUAUCAUUGUCGCCCACUUCCGGUCCAUCAUCUCGUUUGCCCGAAAUACCGUUGCCUAUAUAUGAUGGAGAUUUUCACCAGUGGCCUACAUUCCGCGAUCAAUUCCGCGCAAAUGUCGAUUCAAGGUCAAUACCUAAGGCGGAUAAAAUGUAUUAUUUAGUUGGUUGCCUGCGUGGUGCGGCUUCUGAUGCCAUACGUGGCAUACCAAUGUCUGAGGACAAUUAUGACCUAGCCUGGUCAACAGUUGAGCACCGUUUUAAUAGGCCGCGACUAGUCGCCAUGUCAUUAAUUGACAAAAUGUUUCAAUUACCUGUGUCCACUCAUGAGUCAUUGACAGACUUGAGUAAGUUUGUCAGUAAGUUCAGCGAAGGCCUUUCUUUAUUAAAAUCACUCAAUAUUCCGGAUUUGGGAUCGUUCGUUCUAUUUUCUAUGGCAUUUCGCUGCUUACCGAUUGCGACUCGGGAGCUGUUUGAAACUACGGUUACCAGUCCGGGUGAUUACCCGACUAUUGAGGCAUUAUUGAAUUGCGUUCAGUCUCGAGUGUCCACGUUGGAAAUAAUUGGUGAUUCAAGAUCAGGAAACGCUGGUUCACAGGCGAAGUCGUCUCGUCCAUCAAACCGUAAGGGAGAUCGUCCCAGUAAUUCCGGUCAUCAACAUGCUGCGUCAUUGCUCACAACCAAGCCUGAACGAUCUUGUCCGUGUUGCAAGGCAAGCCAUAGUCUGGACUCAUGCGGCCAAUUCUUGUCAUUGGCAGUCGAUGAACGUAGUAACUGGAUGCGUGAGAAUAGUUUGUGUUUCAAUUGUUUUAGUGAUUCUCAUUGGUCGAACAAGUGUCGUUCAAAACCAAGCUGCAAGCAAUGUUCACGGAAUCAUCACACCUUGUUACACAUGGGUGGACGCAACACUAAGGAAAAGGUUUCCGAACCCAAAGCGAAGUCGUCUUUGUGUGCUUCUCACCUGACGCCCACCGCUUCUACAUCAUGUUCAGUAAUGUUGGGGACAGCGCUUGUUCACGUGCGAGACCGUUCCGGCACGUGGCAGACGGUGCAUGCACUUGUCGAUUGUGCUUCGCAAAUAAGUGCUGUUACGGUAUCAUGUGCUGACCGUCUUGGUUUGAAACGUACUCGCUGGACUGCGCCUGUUACUGGUUUAGCUGGACAUCCUGUUACCAGUGUAAUGGGCCGAGUUGACUGUAUUGUCCAGCCACGGUUUGCGCCUGAACCAUCGCUGUCGAUUCGAGCCUGGGUGUUACCAUCUAUCACCGGAGAUAUGCCACACAAAACAUUGCAUUCGACGAUUAAGGAUAAGUUUUCAAACCUCGCCCUGGCUGACCCUUCGUUCAAUGUCGCAACCAGUGUGGAUAUGCUGCUGGGUGCUGAUGUAUACGCCACCAUUAUGAAUGGUCACAAAAUUGACGUUGGUGCUUCUCUGCCUUCGGCAUUCAAUUCUGUCUUUGGCUGGAUUUUAAUUGGUCCUGUUCCAAAUACGAACGUCGAGCCACUUCAUGCUCUCCCAGUUUCGCUCACCCUAUCCAUUGAAGAGCAAAUGAAUAAAUUUUGGGACAUCGAAGAACCCGAAGCUGCUCCAGAUGUGUUCACCGAGGAAGGAAAGUGUGAAUCCAUAUUCAGGAACGAGUGUAUCCGGCUACCAUCUGGCAGGUUCUCUGUGCCUUUACCGUUCCGAUCGCAUGUAUUACCCACGACAUUUGCUGGCUCUUGA